AUGGUGAAGCCAAGAUACAAGACAAGGAAGGCAUCGCACCAGACCAACAAAGGCUCAUUUUCGAUGGAAUCCACACUCCACUUAGUGUUGAGGCUUGGUGGUGGCAGGAAGAUUAUUGUCAAAACCCUUACUAGAAAGACAAUAACCCAUGAAGGUGACAGCUCCAACAGCAUUGAUAAUGUUAAAGCUACAAUUCAGGACAAGGAAGGAAUCCCUCCAGACCAGGAGAGGCUGAUCUUCGCUGGCAAACAGCUUGAGGACGGUCGAACAUUGAAAAACUAUAACAUUCAGAAAGAGUCAACUCUGCACUUGGUGCUAAGGUUGAGGAGUGGCAUGCAGAUUUUUGUGAACACUCUAAUAGGAAAAACCGUCAGUUCGUCUUGA